CGUUUGAAUCCUCGCAAGUUCUAUGCACCGCCGAGGUUACCUCCGAAUUUCCGACCGGCGCAUCGUCCGAAGGCCUUGGAGUCAGCUAAGCUGCCAGCAGUGUUACAAGAUGCCAUGAAGACGCUGACUAAUAUUCAAAGAGCGAAGUUACUGGGCGAAGACCGCGUGUCCGUGAUGGAGUUGGUAAGUGACAAAGACCGAAAACGCCUAGAGCGGCAUCGAAGUCGAUGGGAUCAGCGUGAAAGAAGCGAUAACGCAGAAGACUGGAAGAGCAGCAAGGAUCGAGUCGAAUUCCCCGAUGAACCGAUGAAACAAGCACGAUUCAAAGAAUUUCUGAAAUACCUUCGAAGAGGGUUGGUGCUACCACAACCGAAGGAACUGUCCGUGUGGGAAUGGGAGUCGGAAAAGAAAGAAUUCGAAGGAAAAUUGACAGCAGAAGAGCGUGGAAUGUUACCAGAGGUACGAGCUAGAAUGAAACCGCUAGCGAAGACCAGCCUCGCUAUGCCUAUACAGGAAAUGAUGCAGAACAAGUUCGCCAAGGAAACGGGACAAUCAGGCCCCGCGAGCAUGCAUGAUAGUGACAAAGUGGCGGCUGUCAAAAUGGGAAUGUUCGGCGAAAGAACGAGGACGACAUUCCAGUGGAGAGCGCGAGAGGAGCUUCACCGUGAAGAGGAGUUGGAAAAGGAAGCCAAGGAGCCUAAAGAUGAAGAACUAGAUCGGACGCUCUACAAAAUCGAUAUUUGA